AUGCAGUCAGAUGAUCUCUUCAUCCGUAAGUUUCGCCGUCAGAACAUGCGGCCACCAAUCGCUACUGUGAACUUUGAUCCCAAAAGGGAGGCUGGUGUUGUGGAGUGGCCACCCAGGAGGGAGGGUGAUGGAGCUGACGGAGACAGCCUCACUCCAAGCCGUGUGGGGUUGAACCUCAGAUCAGUGGGCCGGGGCCACAUCAUGCAGAGAAGUAACAGCGAUGUAACCUUAGGGGACUUGGAUUCCUCCGGGAAAGCCGGGGGGAAAGCAGCUCGGGCGGCUGGUGAAAAAGCAGGUGUUGGAGCUCAGGGGGACUCAGGUAUUCUGCUGCACAGGGAAUAUGGCAGCUUGUCCUCACUGGAGAGACAGACUCAAGCCCAGGAGGCAAGUUCUGCAGAUCAGGGGCCUCUGAGUCCAAACGCCCUCCGCUUUAAAGACCCUUUCCUGCUUUUAGGACUGCAAGGCAACCCUCCGGAGCCUGAUGGGUUUUUUCGAGGUUUGUCUCUUCCCAUGGGGGACUCCUCAAAACCUGCCAAGCCACCGAAGCCUGAAGGUCUGAGUAAGAAGAGCAAACCUGUGCCUCCUCAGAUCCCUCAACCAGGUCCAUAUGACAAUAUCGGGGGUGGAGCCUGGGUGAGGAACUUUGCCCACUAUGAUGUUCAAAGUAUCCUGUUCGACCUCACCGAGGCGGCUACAAACAGAGACAGCAUUGGAAGGAAAAAGAACAUCACCUCAGGGGCUUCGGCCGCCUCCCAGCUGAGGCCCCUCUCCCAGGCCACCCCAUCCUCACCUGCGCAGGGCGGGGGAGGCAACGUGGGGAGUGCAGAUGACCCUGAGCAGUCACUGCUGCUAGACGAAGGAGAUGGCAACGAUAAUGAGCUCCUGCUUAGCUGCCCACACUUCCGCAACGAGACCGGGGGAGAGGAGCAGGUGGGUCUCGGGAGAUCCCAGUGGAGACGAGGACUCUGGUCGAGUUUGCGAACCCCGAAUGAUGCAGUGUCGGUUCUGGAGGAGCCCAGAGAGAGUCAUAUCCAACAGCAGGGCAAGAGCAACUACUUUAUAGAGCACGCAGAUCUGGGAGCCCAUUACUAUCGCAAAUAUUUCUACAUGAAGGGUAAGUGUAACACGAGGCAACUCCAGUUUUUGAUUGUUUUAUUUAUUCUCCAUCAAUGUGUAAAUGAUAUCACAAAGAUUCAAAUCAAAUCUGCUGGUUGUUAGAAGGUGUACCCCCUUCGUAGUUUUUCAGUUUCAGUUUCCAGCUCUUCAGAUCAUGUCUGCUCUCUCUCCAUCCACUUCCCCAACACAGGCCAAUAAAAACGAUCUUACCAAAAGAAAAAAGUCUGUUCAGCUCUGAGAAAACAGAAGAACUCUCUGGUGCCCUACAAUCAGAGAUUAGUGAUCACUUAACCAGGAUACAUAUUUUCAGAUUUCUCACGUUUUCUCUUCAGGGACUGUGCAGUUAUUGUCACAGAGUGGGAGUUUAUUAAGAAGGCAGGGUUAUGUGAUGUUUCUCCUUCCUGAGGUGGAAAGAGAUUUGACUCUUUAUCUCUGUAAACCCUAGGACUGGAUUUAUAUCAAAUUACAGUAUGCCCUUGGGUUUGCUUUAUAAAUACACGUCACAGAAUUACCUUUACUUGAGAAAGUAUGGAUCACUUUGGUCAUAUGCAGACAACAACUAGAGAUAUCCCUAAUUUCACUCUUUAUGUGAUCUGGAAGACGCAUUUUGCCCCCUUCUCAUUAUUAUAUUUAUCUUACAUUGUGUGGAUUUAAGCACCAAUAACACUAAACUACUGAUGAUCUAAAACAGUUGUAUUCUGCUGUGUCAUCAGUAUUAAACUAACUGGGUGACAGUUCACAUAAUAUAUGUAAAAAAUGUAACGGGACACUCUGAAAGCUUAAAAAGCAACUUUUUAUUUACUGUAACUGAGAAAAGUAGAAAGGUACAAGUCAAUGUUACAGCAAUGAAGAUAUAUAUUCACAUAUACCCAUACCUAUAAAUGUAUAUACAUUAAAAAAAUAAAAUGAAAAAUGUUUAUAUAGAAAUAAGUAAAUUAAUAAUAAAAACAAAUAUAAAUAGGUUAAAUAAUAAUAAUAAAUUAGAUGUGCAUGUAACAAAAUCAAAGAAAAAAAAAAGAAUAAAAAUUACUACCCCAAACACAAACCACCCACCCCCACUCUGAAAGCAUACUGUAACAAAUGUCUAUUUAUAAUAUUGAAUUUGAAUCUAUAAGAAAUAAAUGCUCCACCUUGCAACCAAGAAACCUAGCCAAGCAGCUCACUGCUAUGUUAAUCAUUCGGUUGUUCUGAUUGGUUGUGGUAUCAAGCGUAUUUUCAUUUGGGCCUGUUGAUAACACCUCUUUGAUUUUUACUGUAAACGUCAGUGUUGUAGAGUUAAUACGAUUUUUGAAUUGGUCACAGCGAGGCUAAAUGCUAACCAGUUCUUAUGGUUCUCAAUUUUCCCAACCAAAUCAAACAUUCUUAUGUGUUGGCUGAUCAAACUGUUUAUUUAGCAAUCUUAGAAAUACUGAAGUUGUACUGAUUGUGUUGUAAAAUAACAUAUAAGAUAAGACUGAGUCCUCUUUCUCUACAGUCCCUCAUUUGUACCUCUUUGUACCACGCUUAUUUCACAGCUUUUUUGUCCUAGAUCCUCACUUUCAUCAUUGUUUUCAUGCUUAUUAUUAUGUCACCGUCCUGUCUUUAAAGAACACCAGAAUUUUUUCGGCAUGGAUGAUCGCCUCGGUCCAGUAGCCAUCAGUUUCCGUCGUGAGGAGAAGGAAGGAUCCAGCGGAGCUCAGUACAAUUACAGAAUCAUCUUUCGCACCACAGAGGUAAACCCACUCUUUUCUUUCCUCAGAGCUGCUUGUGUGUGUGUGUGUGUGCGUGUGUGAAAUAGAUUGGACUUGAUGUGAUGAGUGUGAUUCGUCUCCUCAGAUGAAGACACUGCGAGGUUCCAUCCUGGAGGAGUCGGUGCCUUCUGCUGCUCGACACACAACCCCCAGAGGAUUGUCUCCUAAGAGGCUGCUGGAGUUCAUCAUGCCUGAGUUGAACCUGCACUGCCUCCGUUUGGCCUCAAAUUCCCCCAAAGUCCGCGACACCCUGCUGAAACUGGACGAGCAAGGGGUGAGUACAGGGCUGACCCUGCUGAUACUAGACCUCUGUAUGUACGUUAGAGAGGAAAGGUCUUUUUUAGGAUAUCUGGCAGCAGAAAAAAGCUUUUUCUUUCAAAGGUCAAACCACUGACUGUACUGUAUAUAUAAUAGGCAACGUCACAUCACUUCCGCCUAUUGUAAGCCUUGAAGUCAAAAACCGCCUCCACAGGCACUGACAGUUGGGGUGGGCCUGGCUGGUCGUGUUGGGGGACAGAUGUUAAACCUGUGAGAAAACCAAAACACACAUUAAACUCACAGAUUAAACAAAGAAGGUCUGUAAGGAUGGAUACAGACCACAGCAGAACUUAUUUUUGAGUUGACUAUGGAAAGUUCAGGGGCUCCUGUUUUCUUUUCUUAAUAGGAUAUUAUGAGCACUGAAGGAUUGCAUUGAUUUUUUGGUUACUAACACUUUAAUGCCUUUUGUAUCAUAUUUGAAACAUACUUUUAUAUACUUCUAACAAAUCAAUAUGAUCAACAAAUUACUAAAAAAAUCAUGAAUACAGUCCGAUAAAUGAUUAAAAAAUGUCCUCUUGUGGUUUAUCAGUUUUCAAAAACAUCCAAUGUACCAAACGAGAUAAAUAUAAAUAUAUUUAUUAAACUUUAAGGACAUUUUGAUUUUUUUGGUUUUCAGUAGUAAGUGAAAUAAACAUUUCAGCUCCAAAAAAUUUGAAUUUUCUGGCCAUAAUUUCUUGUUUCAGACAUUAAAGAGCUAAACCUGUGCCAAAAAACUAACAGUUUAUUUACAAAUCACAUGCAAACUUUGCUGCAUGUAAAUAUCAUCCCUUUGCACCGAUGCUUUUUGCAUACAUUUUAUUAACCUGUUAUGCUCUCAUGCAUUCAGGGAAAAACAUGCCUCCUUUAAUGCAAACAAGCCUCAUUGCAAAAGACACCAAAAUCACUGGCAUUAGCAGCCCUGUGCAGUAAGAAUGAAUUUUUGUCCCAGUCCACUGAGAGCUGGUGGUAAUUGUGCAUGACUUUUAAAAGCUUUGUCAGUAAUUAUGACAACAAUUCCACCUCUGGAAUCAAAAAACAAUUCACCUGUUCAUAAAGGUUAUUAGUACUACUUUGAUAUCACUAUUUUAUGUGCUGUUGGAGCUGUAAAGUGAAAUCAAAUAAUCAGAAUUGUCUAAAUGACAGAAUAUACUUGUAAUUAGCUUUUAACGCUGUGCCUCUCUCUCUCUCUCCUAUUACAGUUGAAUUUCCAGAGAAAGGUUGGCGUGAUGUACUGCCGAGCAGGGCAGAGCUCCGAGGAAGACAUGUACAACAACGAGAGCUCAGGGCCGGCGUUUGAGGAGUUUCUGGAUCUGCUAGGGGAGCGGGUGCGCCUGAAGGGCUGGGAGAAAUACCGAGCUCAGCUGGACAACAAGAGUGAGCUGAAAACACACACCGCGCCCGAUCUAUUGGCAGGAUCUCACCUUGUCGCCAUUAUCCAAAGGGCAUCAGUGCAGCACUGAAAGCCUGAGAUAACUGCUAUCUGGCCUCAUGUAAUCUGAGUAAUGCCUGUAAAAGAGCAUAGUCACUGCUGAUUAUCUCCGAGCUGUUUUCCCUUCACUGAGCGGCAGAGACAGUAAAUAGGACACAUUUCACCCUGACUCUGACAGUUUGAGUUUAUUCCUUCACUCAGAGACGUUGACUGAUUUUGCUUUAUCUCUUUGUGUGAUGCGCUUCUGUUUCUGUGUGUCUUUUGCUUCUGCAGCGGACUCAACUGGGACGCACUCCCUCUACACGCGCUACCAGGAGUAUGAGAUUAUGUUUCAUGUGUCCACGAUGCUGCCCUACACCGCCAACAACACACAGCAGGUAAAAGAUGCAGAGACAUCUUCAACACAGGCAGGUUUUUCUUCACCGAAUGCAUCUCUAGCAGAAUUUCCUCCAAUGCCAAAUACAUCCAUCCUAUUAAACAGACUAAUAAAUCUUUCCCCUUUGAUAUAAAAUGAAAUAUAUCAGCAACCUUCAUUAUCCUCUCUGUUCCUACUGUCAUGCAUUGGUUAAUGCUUUAGAAAAAGCCUCUGUGCUCUGCAACAAGCAUGACAUCAAAAUCCUGCCCCCCAGUGUUCACUCCCACCAUGAAGGUAUUCACUGCGGCCUGUCAGACAGUCCGCCUGUUGAGCUCACUGUCUGUUCUCAUAUGUGCAGUCUGUGGUUUAACAGUGUUCACCGGCUCAUUGGGACCAAAAUGUUUAUGUAGAUUUUAUGGUUGAGGUUAAAUUGAGACAGCAUUUUAAAAACUUGAGAAACUUUUGACAGGAACAGCCUAGCGAUUUGAAUUCGUAGAUGAGUAGUCUAUUGUUUGUUACGUAUUGGUGUCACAUUAAUAGACACAUUUUUUACAUCUUUAAAAAUUUAUUAAAAUAUUAUUUAUUCAUUAUUUUCAUACAGUGAAUGUUCCUUUUGUCUGUGUUACAUUAAAAUAUUAGCCAUUAUAGCGGCACAAUUUCCACCUUACUUUAAAUUAACAUAAGGAGUGGCAAAGAGGCGGAGUUUAGGCAGGCCUUUAGCUGUCAAUGUGCCAAUCUGUCAGUCAAAUCAGCUUCGCCCCAAUUACGCCUAAUUAUGCAAAACUUCAAACUGAAUAUGCUACCCCCCACAUUGUGAUUAGAAAAGCCAUUUUUCUAAAUCAGGCCGCAAACAUGUUGAUUUCAGCUUCAAAGAUUUUAUUAUGGGUGGUAAUCCAAUCCAGUCCAAUCCAUUUUAUUUAUACAGCACAAUUUAAACACAACGGAAGCACAAUAAAUAAGGUAGGCCUAAAAAUAAAACACAGUAAAAUCAAAUAAAAACAAAUACAAUAAAUAAAAGAAAAUAAAUGAAGUCAACCUCCUACUGGGUGUUAAAAGCCAAGAAGAAGAGGUGGGUCUAAAGACGGGACAGGCACAGAGGAGGCCUGUCUGAUGUGCUGAGGCAGGUAAUGGAAUCUCUUUGGCUUUUGGAGCCAGCUUCAGUUUUUUAGCAACUUCUUUAUUUUUCCCACAUACAUACUGUUAUCAUUACCACAAAUGAGUCCAACAAUCAAAAUGUGUUCAUUCACAUUCAGAGAAUAGAAUAGAAACAUUCAGAUAGGUGGAUAUGUACUGAGAGCAGACCCAGUGGUUUCCUCUAAUGAGUCUGAUCUGCAUGUUUGUGACAUCCCUCUGUCCUUGUUUUUGGUCCAACAGUUGCUGAGGAAGCGACACAUUGGUAACGACAUCGUGACAAUCGUGUUCCAGGAGCCAGGCGCCCUGCCUUUCACUCCCAAAUCAAUCCGCUCUCACUUUCAGCACGUCUUCAUCAUCGUACAGGUCCAUGAGCCCUGCUCUGAAAACACCUACUACAGGUCUGGCAUUGUCUUUUCUGUAAAACUCUAUGUGAAGGAUUGAUAUGCUAAACUCCCUGUUCCUCACGCAACAGGCCAAAGCUAAUAUCUGUGUUUAGAUUUUAGUGAUUUACAAGUUAAGUGAGGUAAACAAAACUAGAUUCAGAAAAUUAAUGCAUCACCGCAGCAUCUCCAAUGACAAGGUUUGUUAUUCUGGAGAGUAUUAUACAACGAGACAGAGAUAGUGUCUCUGCAGUGCCCUCUCUCUUACUCUCUCAUUCCUUUUCUCUCUCUCUUUCUUAGAGUGGCAGUGACUCGCUCAAAAGACAUCCCAUUAUUUGGACCACUGUUCCCCAAGGGUGCCCGCUUCCCCCGUUCACCCGCUUUCAGAGACUUCCUCCUGGCAAAGGCAGUGAACGCAGAAAACGCUGCAGAGAAGUCAGAGAAGUUCCGAUCCAUGGCCACCCGAACACGGCAGGAAUACCUGAAGGACCUGGCCGAGAACUAUGUCACCACCACACCCAUCGACUCCUCCACCAAGUUUCCCCUACUCUCUCUGGGAGGAAAACGCAAGGACAAGCUGAAGGGCGCCAAAGGGGCGGAGCUGCACAGUGCUGGAGCGCUGGUGUGGGCUGUGAUGGUCAACAGUGGGGGAGAUGAGGGGGAGGUGGGGGAGCACAAGCUGCCGUGUCUGCUUGGAGUGUCAGCGGAGUCUGUGGUCCUCAUUGAGAGGUGUACACGAAGGGUGGUGUUCAACUGCUCUUGUAGGGAUGUAAUUGGGUGGAAAGCAGUGACGGAGGUCAAAGAAGGAGGACCGUGCUUGGACAUCUACUAUGAACGUGGGGAAUCUGUGGCUAUAAGUGUGAUGGAGAGUCAGGCAGAGGACAUCCGAGAGGUGGUGCAGAGGCUGGAGGUAAGUCAAUGUGUCUUAGUUUGAAGUUUUUCAGCGAGUGGUUCAGACCAAUUUGACAGAUUGGACAGUUUCAUGAGUGAUAAAGAAUUUCAGAGCACUGGGAGUUAAAACCAUGUUCAUCACUCUGCCUUUAUUCUAGUCUUUGUUAUGGUGACAUUAAAGUAAAGCUUAUUGUUUAAGAUAACUUCAUACCUCUGAAUCACAAAGGCUACCAAAGCAAUGUGUUUACUGAUAAAUGUACAAAUACAGAGAAGAUGUUCCGUGGUAACAUGUAGAUACGCUCAAAGUAUCAACAGUGCAGGGAGGUGUUAGUGUUACUCAGCAACAGUCUAGUUUUAGCCAAGUCCAGGAACUACUUCUGUUUGUGGAGCCAAUGAAUGAUUUCAUAACAAAAACACCAUUUUAUGUUUAUACAUUUUACUUUUAAUACUUGAUGAAGCAAUGCUAUGCUUGAGGUGGGGAGGUUGUGCUGAAUAUCACCAGUUUACCAGUCACCAUUUAACAAACAGGCUAGUAUUCUGUACAUCACUCCAGCAUGUGUGAUAAUGCUCAGUUAUAGUUAUGAUCUAUAAUGUUAAGUUUCAUAAUACAGUCAGUUUAAGUUCAGAGUCUUCAAUGUUCUUAAAGCUGCUGUGAAGAACUUUUGGUUUGUGUCACUAUUGGUGCCACCUGUGGACAAAGCCGUCUCCAUUAAGUGUCUUCUGACAAUUAAUUCUUAUCCUGCUGACUUUUGACAGUCAAGUGUAUCUUUUUAAAAUGUAAAUGUUGAUUGAAAACGUUUUUCGCACAUCUGUGUCCUGGGGCAGGUGUGAAGGAAAAGAGAUAGACGUUCAAAAAGGGAGGAAGAAUCCUGCACAAUGUCUAACUUGCAAGUGAAAACAUUUAUUGGCAACGUUUCAGUGUCAGACAGUCUGAAAUAUUUUAUGUUAAACAUGUAAAAACAGGCUCUUUAUUCAGCAGCUCCAGCGACACCUGCCCCCUCGUAUAGGUCUGAGGUGUUGAAAGUAACAGUAUAAAAAUGUUGGUUUGUCGCUCAAGGUCUUGCUUGCCUUUGUUAAUCAUAAAAAAGGCAUUCAUGUGAAUUGUAGACUAUUUCACAAAUUAAAAAGUAUAUAUUCACAGGAGCUCAAGGUUUUGUAGAGUCUGGACUGGUUUAUUUUAUUUUUUAAAGUCAGAAGAAUCAAGCCAAAUGAGUUUAGUUUUUCACUUUAAAUCUUGAUAUACAGUAUGCUUGAAAUAUCACUUUCUUUCUCUGACUCAGUGUAAAGGAAACGCCUGCUGUAGCUUUGGUUGUGAAAGAUUUCUUCAGUAUUCAUAUUUCACAAGCUUUUCUGACCGGUGCUGAUUGAAACAAACUAAAUUAUUGUGUCAAUCCAAAACAAACCUCCUCACACUGACACUACUCAUCCUCAAAUUAUGACUGUUUGCCUCCCAGUGCAGUUUCUGUUGACACAAUAGUUGAGUGUGCUAGUAACAUAAAAUGUGUAUUCUUUAUGUGCCUGAGGAUAUAUUGAAGCAGCUGUAUUGGACUUAAUACUUGCAGAGUAAGCAGUGGGUUAGGAAUAAUAAUUUCAAUUCCGAUUGUAUUUUUUUUUAUGACCACGCUAAAAAAAUUAAACUAACACUGUGCUGCUGGCUAUAUUGCUCUUGUUUUGUUAUAAGUAGGGGUAUCCCGAUGCAACUUUUUUACUUUUGAUACGAUAUCGAUACUGUGGCUUUCAGUACUGGUCGAUACCAAUAUUGACCCAAUAUUGGCACAAACUUGUGCGUGACAAGCUGCAAUGUCUUUUUCGGACUUGAACUUGUUUGUACCUUAGUACACACUAUUGUUGUGAUCACAUGAGCUCUGCAUGCUAGAAUCGAGUGUUGAUAUUGGAGAUUUUAGACACAGGCCGAUAUAAUCCGGUAUUCGUUUUCUGUUUUGUUUUUUUUUUGCUGAUAUCAGACCAAUAUCUGACAUCAACAUCGUGUCGGGACACCCCUAGUUAUAAGUGACAAAUGGAGUGCCUUCUUCCUUUUAAGCUGCAAUGCAUCAUCAUCAUUAGGGGCUCAGAUCAAUGUGCAAUUAAAUUUGUGGGAGCAAAGAUGUUGCAGAUGUUGCAAAAUGUGUUAAGUGGGGACUGCUGUUUCUGUAACAUGUUGUGCUAUGACAGUUUAAACCGACAUGCAGCUUAAGGUGGAGGAAGAUGAGCUAUUUGGCACAGCAGGAGAGGAGAAGAUGUGUGUCAGUAAAGCAGAGGGACAGAGUGAGCAUAAGGAGAUCGAGGCUUUAGUACUAACUAGAAAAAACAUGACUGUCAGGUUUAACAGUGAGGGACUGAAUUAUCAUAAAUAAUGUGUUCAGAAAUGUAUGUUUGCAGAUUAAGUUCAACAGAUUUAUGUGAUGAGGAUGAUGCCAAAUCAAGGAGUAAUCAUGUUAAGUAAUCAUGCGUUCAUUAUUAAUCAAAAUAAUUGGAAUUAUGAUUUUUGCCCUAAUCAAGCAGCCCUGCUGGUACUUGUAAUCAUGCUCUUUGUUACACUCCUUUUCUUUUUUAAUUACACAAGACCUCUCUUCUUUUUUCACUUGCAGCCCAGACAGUGUAUUACAGUGGAAAAGUCCUCCACUAUGUACAUCACAGUCAGACUGGAAAGUGCAGACUAAUUGGCUUUUGUGCUUGUUUCUGCAGACAGCUUGGCUGUUCGAGCUAUUUUUACUGAGUGAAAAUGUCCCUAAUUUAUCAUCGUAAUGACCUAAAAUUUACAGCAGUCCUCUUUCUAAUUCUUUUGUCACACACACACUAAAUUUGUGCAUGUCUUUCUGUCAACUUUAUUUACAUAGCACCUGAAUUGAAUGAGUUAAACGAGGCAACAAAUACAAACUGAGAGCAACAAAUAAAAUUCAGCACAAAAGAAAAUACAACAGUGAAACAAUAGUACCUCAUCUUCUCCUCCACAGCUGGUCACUCGGGGCUGCGAGGCUUUCGAGGUCACCCCCCUGCGUGAUGGAGUUGGACAGCCGGGCUUCCUCAUGAACGAGGAGGGCUUUGUGACGGAGCUGCAGCGGUUUUGUUACGCCGAGAGCGGAGGUUUACAGCUCUGGGCCCGCGUUGUGCGCCUCUGUGGACACUCCCUGGUUCACCUGAGCCCGGAAGAGAGGACCAGGCUGCUCCGCACGGCGCACAAAAUCCAUAUCACCGUAAUCCCGCCGGAUGAGAACGGGAAGCCUCGCAGGUGGGUGAGGGAGGAAAGGGAGGGGAGCGCUAACGAGGGCACUUUGGGGUCAGCAGACACAAAGUAAGACUGGAGGAAGGGCCCAUGGGUAUACAGCAUGCUGCAGAAAGUGAAGUCCCAGCGAGGGGGUGACAGAGAGUUGACAGCAAACUAAAAGGAGGGGGCUAGUAGAACAAGAAAGUUCAAGAAAACAUGAGAGUUGUGAGUCUCUGAGGUCACAGCAUGCUCUGCUGCCGUCUGUGUCAUACCAGCUGGUUCACAACUAAUCAAUCCCUCUAAUGAUCUUUAAUCACAGUGACACACAUUGUACAGCACACUUUCCACUCGGCUGAAGUCAGACAGAGGGCACAAAUAUAAAAAAAUACAAACUACAUCAAACCGUACGCUUUUGAAGCUCUGAACUUUAGAGAAGCAUUUCAAGCUGGCAGGAGAAUCAUCCUGAGAGAACUCCCCCUGCUUUAUUUAUAUUUUACUCCUGAAAUGCUUUUUUUUCUGUGACAACAAAAGCACAAAUUGUCACAAAGAUGUCUUCAUGGGAAACGGAGGCUCUAUGACUUCAAAAGAAUAUAAAUGAAGCUCAGACAAAUAUAGCUCUUUUUUUCUAUCCAAUCUUUGUUUUUGGCUUACAGCUUAAUUUAUGACUCAACAGAUUCAAAAAAGAGUCUCCUCUGUGCUUUAUGAUCCGCAGAAGUUUCUCUGAGCUCUACCAGAAAGCCAUCAAGGAUGCGGAGUGUAAACCCGGCGAGAAUCAGUCUGGAGAGGCCUGGGUGCUGGAUGAGAGGGAAGAAGAGGAGGAGAAAGAGGAGGAAGUGAUGGAGGAUGGCAAGAUGAAGGCUGGUGGGGCUGAUGAAGUGGACAUUAUAGAGGUGGAGGCUGAGGAGGGUGAAGGGCACCAGUGUUUCAAGGGGCAAAGUCAAAUCACGCUUCUCACGCCACCCAGUUUACCUUUACUACGAGCCACUUCUCUGCAAGACCAACCGGCCAAUCAGAGCGAAGAGGGUGGCGGCCCGCAGCUCACACGCAGCUGCUCAUUAGAGAGAACAUCCUACGGGGAUACAUGUGACGGGUGAGUGUUACUAAAGCAUGUCACACUCUUCAUAGAAUAAGUGACAAUAAACGCUGCUUCAUAAGAUCCUCCUAGCUAGAGCUGCACAUCGAGAGAGCAUCAGGUAAAAGAGCUCUUAAAUCAUCCAACAUGGCUGAAAAUAUCCCCAAGCUGAAGCUGACUCAUCACUUUUUAAUCUCUGAGUCAGUGCGUCACUUUUCCUGCGAAGAGCGAGUCAGAGAGAAAGGACAUGAACAAUGCGUCACUGAAGUGUGUCAACGUAACACAAAAGUUCUGGAAUGAAAAUCUUCAACAUUAGAAAAAAAAUCACGGUAACACUUUAUUUGACGCCUAUAUCUUCAACACCUUAUAAAUAUAUGUAUAAUACCUUAUAAUCAUGUUAUAGCACUGUAUAACUAUAGUUAUAAACACUCAUAAAUGACCAUAAUGCUUUAUAACAAUAAUCAUAACACAUCAUAAAGCAUUUUAUCAUGACUUACAAGGUCAGGUAUUAUAAUGUGUUACAACUGUUAACAACUCACAGACAAUGCCUCCAUAGAUAAUGCAUUAUUCAUAUAUUCAUAAUGCGUUAUAAUCACGUUAUAGCACUAUAUAACUAUAGUUAUAAACACUCAUUAAUGAUCAUAAUGCUUAAUAGCAAUAAUCAUAACACAUCAUAAAGCAUUUUAUCAUGAAUUACAAGGUCAGGUAGUAUAAUGUGUUGCAUUGCAUUAUCUUUAUGCUUUAUAAUGUGUUAUGAUUAUUGCUAUAAAGCCUCAUGAUCAUUUAUGAGUGUUGAUAAUUGUAGUUAUACAGUGCUAUAACAUGAUUAUAACGCAUUAUACAUAUUUAUAAUGUGUUAUAGAGUUAGGCGUCAAGUAAAGUGUUACCAAAAUCACUUAUCUGUUCGUUCUUUCACUUUUGAAAGUUCAGCACCAAACUUACUUCAUUGAAAACCUUCAAUAAGUCAAUGACAAGACAGCUCAUUAUUUCCAACACAGACUGUUAAAAUGACAGAGUGAAGUGACUUCAGGGUUCAACAAUGUGUACUAGUCUGAACUGUUUUCUUCAAGGUGCUUCCCGCUUUUUUCCAGAGUAAUUAUCUCCAAUUAGAGAGAUUUUGAUAAGAAACAUUAGAAGUAUGUGUCUGCCUGAAAAACAGUCGUUGCCUCACUGGGUAGUUUCACCUCCAGGACUCUAAAACCAGGCAUCAGCUUGAAGUGGAAAUCGUGCAUGAAGGAAAUAUUCAUGAGGAUGAUAUUAAACUCUGCAACUCUGCAAAAUGAAUAUGACUGCUUUUAUUGUCACAGGGAGGCAGAGCUGAAUAAUUUAACCCAAACUGCAUCCGUUAUGAUGUUUUUGAUAGAUCAUUUUGUGAGCACAGAAUCACAAACAUCAAUCAGGCCCAAAUCCAAGCUAUCCUGGAGAUUACUUUUCUAAGUGCUGCUUUCUGUCCUUGGCCUCUAGAUUGAAUAAAAAAUGUCACAAAGCAUCAGCAGCAGAUUAAGUUAGUGGGUUUUUUUUCCUGUGUGUGUCUUUGACAGGCACGUGUACGACAACGUGGUGCUGAAAGGUGACCGCCACAUCUACGAGAACGUGGGUGAGCUGAGAGACGCCACACCUGAUCUGAUCCUGGCUGUCAAACCGAAAGUUCCCCUGGAGGACGAGCAGGUGAUUGACUUAGAGAAGAGGACAUCUGAUUGGUUUCUCCUCUGCUCUCCAUCUUCUCUCUGACAGUGUCCUUUCCUCCCCGUGUCUCUAUGUGUCUUCAGUUUAUGGGGGCUGAAUUUAGCGAUGACAAAGCAUCAGCGAGUGACUCUUCCUCCCGGUUGUCAUGUGUUGAUCGGGCUGAAAGAAACUCCAGAGCCCUGAGUCUUCAUAACUCCAUCACCAAGAGUAAGUACUUCCUUAUAAGUGCAGAUAUCUUUACUGGGAAAUAAAACAAAUGUUUAUAAUCCCUGAAACAAAAAGAACGGUGGCUGUGUGGGGAAUACAAAGGAGGACAUGAGAUUUUCUGACCCUUAUUACUCAAGUCAGCUCCCCUCUCACACGCACCAGCUGACACGACCUCUUAAAUGAAGCCAAAAUGGAAUAAUUACACAUGUUUGCAAAUUAUUCCUGCCUGAUUUAAGCCACAAAUUCCUCUUUUUUACCAGAUUUUCUCUGCCCUUACAACCCUCUCUUCAUUAUCCUCCCUCUGCUCCCUUCUGCAUCCCCUUUGUCCCUCCUCUUUUAUCCGUGCUGCCCCCUAUCCCCCUAAUCUAAUAUCACCCCUACUCUGCUGCCACCCCCUGCCAGGGCCGGGAUAAAAGGGGGACAGAUGGGUGGUGGGAGGGGUGGAGUUUUAGGCAGCCCCAAAUCAAGGAGCCCCUCUUACACCAUCUGCUCGGCCUCUGCUGAGACUGUGAGACUCAUCGUUUAAGCUUCAUAAGAAGAGUGCGCCGCUCAUCCUCUCUUUUAGGUCUUCAGAUUUUUGUGGGGGGCGGCUUCUGAGACCCCUGAUUGUUUUCCAUCACCUUCUUCUACAGGAAGUUUGAGGGCCUUUAACACUCACUGAAACUUAAUUAAGCAAAAUAUGUAAAUCAGGGCUGUAAAAAGUCUCAGGGAUUAGUUGUAGUGUUGUAAAUGUCGUUUUUAUUUUAUUUUUUUAUUAUCAGUCUCAAGCAAGAAUUCACCAAAAAUUUAUCUCAAGUGAGCUCUUUGUCACAUCUUUUUUUUUUCCCAUCUUCUGCGCUCUAGUGGUGAACUGCUUUUACUUCCAUUUUUAACGAAUAAUAAAAAGAUCUUUCAUAGUCAGGCAUAAUUCAGUGAAACUAGCCGGAACUCAACAACAAACACAACACUUCCUCUCUGACCUGCUGUCCCUGACUCUGAUCAGCCUUUGAACAGCAGCACCCCUCAGUGGUGACUCUAUGUUAUUGUGUAAAAGCAGCUCAGUUGACUUCAUUCUCUCUGAUCUACUAUAUUUUACCCGAUAGAUGAAGUUUUUCACAUUCAGAUAAUUGUUAAAUGUGGACUUUUCUUUCUUAGUUCUCUCAGAGACGGCAGAUUCGACGGAGGAGGAAUGGCAGUCCAUCGCAGACCUGGCCACAGCGUGCCGCAGCAUCCUGGAAGCUCUGUCACGAGAGGGUGAGGAACUACCACAUCAUACUGUACAAAAAAUAAAGUUAGUGUGUGAUGUUCGCUCUGUCGUUGACUGGAAAGCUUAUGUUUUGCUUUAAAUUGCACCUCUGGGAUAAAUACACUGCAAAAGAUUCGGUUCUUACCAAGACAAAAAAACUUGGGUUAAGAGGUUUUAGAUCAUUUCUCUUGUUUUAAGACUUAAUUUUUUAUUUUAAGUGUUUAACUUUACACUAUAACCUUAUAUCAAGCACAACCUUGUCUUUUUUGACAAAUAGGCAGGAAAUCUUAAAAUUAGGAAAAUAACUGUUAAAAUAGGUUAUAUUCCAUCUUUCUCCCAAACUCUCUUCAAAAGGAAUCUUGUUUUUAGAUUCAGUAACAAACUUAAGACGCCUGAUUCAGGAGUCACACAAAAAGCAUCUAGAAAAAAGAGUUUUUUGCUCUGAUUUCAAGUAUUUGAAGACCAAUGUUUGCAAACAACAAUAGAAGGAACGGCAAGUGAUUCACGCAACUGGAUGGCCCGGCCAGGCUACAAAAAAGCUGGGUUCACAGCAGUCAGGCCGUAUCACCUGACCUGGUUUUGAAAAUAUAUCAUAUCAAGAUUUCGUAUUAGACGGUGGUUUGUUACAGUUGCACAUUUUGUGGGAAGUUAAAGAUUCACCAAUUCUGGAUAGUCGUCAUGUUCAUGUUCUGGUGUCCACAAUCCAUAUAAUUGCACUACCUGACAGACAUGAUAAGUCCUUUGAAGUGGAGAAAAACUUUUCUGUAUCCAUCUCAUCUGUCCUCCUGUUUGUUGCCUGUUUCUGAACACAGACCGUAAAGCUGGAGACCCAUCCCAAGCUGGUGCGGACCAAACAGACGGCAAGCUAAGAGACUCAAAAGAGAGGUGGGUUGCAUUAAAGUACAUCAGACAGCUCAGUAUCUCGACCAUUAGUCUCCCUGUUUACUUCCACUCUCUGGACUUGCACACGUCCUUUUCAUCAACUCUAGCCUUUUAUUCUCUCUCUCUUAGUUUUUCAAACUUUAUCGGCUGCAUCUAACUUUUUCGGUCAGCAUGGUGGCCUCUCUCCCCCAUAAAGAGAGCCCUCAUCACUCUGACUCAGUGAUGCACUUGUUCGCACGCAAACACACACACACACACACACUGGCAUCACGUCUGACUCACUAUCAUUGUCAUCUUUCUGUAAAACUCCCACUCUAAUCUCUUUGAUAUUUCUUCUUCAGCUCCUUGUUUGCCUUAUUUGGCCGCACCGCUCUUCUCUGCGCUGUGUCCGAACAUUUAAAGACCGCUAAACUGUUGGCCAAAAGAAAAUGAGGCAGUAAAAAAUGAGCAAACACAAACAUAAAGCUUUUAUCAGUCAAGGUCUCUGGUAUUUACACACACAGUUUUACGUUCUCCUACAUACUGUGGAGGUCAGCACUGAUGAGUACUUCACCAUUAGAUCUGGCUCGGGCUAGAAGGAGACACUAUUACAGCUCAGUAUGUUCCCUAUAUUUCUGCUCCAUUAUAUCUCUCUGUGAAACUGUUUUUUUCUUUAUGUUUCUAAUGCAUAAAUUAUGACAAUGCAAUGAAAGUGAUUUAUGUGGAAAAUUAAAGCCUGUUUUAUUUUUUUUUUAGUCUAAGAGAGAAGUUCAGAUUUCCUGUCUUUGAGUACAGUUAGCCCCCAGUAACACCCUUGCAUAUCUCUAAGAAAGCAGCUGUUCGGCAAAGACGUAUAUUUUAUUAUAUGUACAUGUGUAAUGAUUUAGGCAUUAACCUAUAACUAAUAGUAAAUACAAAAAUAAGAUUAAACACCAGUGUUUUUCUCUGCCGUAAGUCGCAGAGCACCGUGGAAUAACUAUUCUCACUCAGACUGGUAUUCAGGUCAGCUGUAGCAAUUACUGUAAUUGAUCAGCGAGUAUUACAGGUUACUUUAAAGGUGACAGUCUCUCGAGCUAAAGGGGCUGCUUAAAUGACACCCAGCUCCUCAACCAAUCAGGCAAAUUGAGAAGUUAAUGUAUGACAUGAAAAGAGGCGUUAAAACAGGUUAUCACCCAGCUUUCCCACUAAUCACCCAGCUCUGCUAAAUACUCAACUCUGAUUGGUCAAAACCACUCGACAACGAUUGUUUAUUCUAAACUGCGAAGGAACAACCUGAUCACACACAUUACAUAUUCUCAUAAAGAAGUUACAUAUCUAGUACACUGUGAUUUCACCUCCUCAUGUUGAGAGUGUGAUAAUCCAUGACUUCUGAUAGCUUCAGUGGAAGACAUAGGGAAGUUUUGAUAUUACUCUUUGUUUAUUUGGAGAGUACAAAAGGUAAGAUUGGCGAUAAAUAACUGACUCGUCACCAACAGAGGAAAAAGAUGGGAAGUGGGGAGUUUAACCAGAAAUGAAGAAACCACAAACCAGAACAGAGUAUGAACACUGAAGAAGAAGAGUUACAGGGGAGAGGGCCGUAUACAGAUUCUGGGGUUUAUUGCAUCUAAUGAGAUAAUAAGGCAACGGAAAACACACUUUUCUAUAGAUGGUGAUUUUAAUUUUCAUAUGAUUUUCAACAUUAACACAGGGCAAUAUUUGGACUCAGUUGUGGAUGACAGUGUUCAAUUUGACCUAUUUUUAGUCUGAUAAGAAUGUCGUUGCUUUGGAAGUGCUAUCAAUGUGGAAACUUGGGAACUUUUUAUUUUAUCCUGAAAAUACAUAUUUUCUGAAUCAAUAAAAUUAUUUCCAAUCUGUCACUUUAUUUGUAUAUUUUGCUGGUAACUUGAGGGGUGACAGGACCUCGACACAGUCCCCUACAUUACAUGCCUCCACCUGUUGAAUCUGUUGUGUUAAAAUCCUUUAGUUUCCUUUUAUAAGUUUUGUAAAUUUAAAACACAGAAUCUGUUUUUGCCUCUGACAGCGUGUCACUGCAUCUCUUUUUUCGCAGUGACUCUCCAGGCCACCUAGAGGAGAAAGUAUCCCAGCUGGAAGCUAUGCUGAAGAAGCUGCAGGAUGACCUGCAAAAGGUGCUUUGACUUUCAUAAAUACUUUUCUCUGUGAUGUAUUUUCAGUGAGCUCCACAGGAGAGUCAGCAGGUAGGAAAAAGUAUUUGUUUUUCAGCCUCUGUCUCUGUAGUGAGCAGUUUGUAUUUUCUGAUGCCACCAUGUUGUUUACAUCUACUCAACAUGUCAAGUCUGAGCUGACUCACAGGUCAAAAACACUUGUUAAGUUAUUGAGAAUUUUAUUGUAAAUAUGUGCAGAAACAUCAGCAGAUUCUUGAAUACUUAAAUAUCAUAUUUAAAAUGUAUUUGUCAAACUCUUAAAUGCUGUUAUCAGUAUUUUUUAAAUUCUUUUUCUACACAACAAAACCCUGAUGUUGUUGUUUAUUUUAAUGACGAAGAGUACUGUAAAUGUCUUACUAAGAACUUCACUCAAAGUCCACUUGUGCAUCUGAAACUUUCUAUCACCUCUCAUGGCCUUCAGCAGAUUUAGCCUCUCUACAUCAUCAAGUGGACUUUGUGUUGAGCCUCCUGUUGUUAACAGUGUACGUGUUUUUGUGUGUGCACAUAUUAUAUAAACAUAUUAUUUAUUCUGAUUAAAUGGGACACUUUGGUUUAUUUUUAUAUCUUUGAUAAGAAUUGUAACUGCACUUGAUUCAUCUGUCAAAUAGUUUUUCCAAUUGAGCAAUGAUUCAAUCUAUUCACUGUCAAAAGGGGUGUAUGACACACAUUUAGAGGUGCAAACAUUUCUUGAGAAAACUACUCCACAAUAGUUUUAAUGAUAAAGUAAUUGUUUGUUAUAUUUAAAAGGCCAAAUUUAAACUUUAUGUAGUCGCAGUGAUGUAAGUGCGAAGAUUUGGUGCUUUUCUCCGUUUGUUUAGUUUAGACUCUUGGUUUGACAGAACAAACUAUUUAAAGCUGACAUGUACUUCUGGUGAUGUUAAAAGGUUUAUUUUUAUUUUUACAUGUAAUAGUUUAAAUGAUUACAUGAUCAUAAUCUGCUGCCCUGUACCCACUUUAAGUAUUUAGUCACUUCCCCAGACUAGCCAACAGAUUAGAAUCCCGAAGCAGACUCUUGUAUCAUCCCAGUCCAGACAAAUAUUUUCUGUUUCCCACUUCUACUAGACUAGCUGUACUUUUACACACUGUUUGUUUCUUUUUUUUCAAGCUCUGUGUCUCUGUGUGCCCACUAGUUACUUUAAAGCCACCGCUGUACCUGUCGCUCCCCUCCCGUUCCUGCCACAGCGAUCUGAGCGACGGCUUUUGUUUUUGUUGUGUGCCGAUGUCUUUCAGGAGAAAGAGGACAAGGCGGUGCUGCAGGCCGAGGUGCAGAGCCUGCGGCAGAACAACCAGCGGCUGCAGGAGGAGUCUCAGAGCACGGUGGCCCGCCUCAUCAAAGUCACUGAGCUGCUGUGCAAUGUCAACAAGCCCUGUUAG